CUUUGCUUUAUUGUCGAAACGGUCUUCAGAGAAGAAGAUUCCCUUAAUUAGGUUCAAAAUCCCUUUGCCCAGAAGCAUACAUCGAGAAUCCUGCUCAAUAGUAGAGUUUCCGAAACCUUCCUGAAACUGCGGAGAAAUUCUAGAACACUAUGGCCAUGAAGGGGAUCCUGCUGGUUCUUCUACUUGAAUCCCUGGUCCUGGUGGCUGCAGACACUUUUAAAGAUGAAGCUCUGAACAUCAUGGCCAGCUGCCCUGUCAUAGAUGGACACAAUGACCUGCCCUGGCAACUUUUAAGUAAAUUUAACAACCAGUUGAACAAAACUGAUCUCUAUACCCUGAAUGAUACUCACACGAAUAUUCCCAAGUUGCGAGCUGGAAGAGUGGGUGGACAGUUCUGGGCAGCCUACGUUCCUUGUGACACUCAGGGAAAAGAUGCCGUGAAAAGGACUCUGGAGCAGAUCGACGUCAUACAGCGGAUGUGCGAAGAGUAUCCAGAAGUGUUUUCGUGCGUGGACAGUGUUCAAGGGAUUGAGGAUGCAUUCGCUGGCAACAAAAUAGCCAGUCUGAUUGGAGUUGAAGGUGGUCACUCAAUCGACAGCAGUUUGGGGACUCUGCGUACCUUCUACAAAUUGGGGGUACGAUAUAUGACCCUGACACACAGCUGCAAUGCCCCUUGGGUGGACAACUGGCUGGUGGAUAGAGGAGACGACCAGGCGGAAAAUAACGGAUUGUCUGAAUUUGGGAAGAAUGUCAUCCUGGAGAUGAACCGAUUGGGCAUGAUCGUCGAUUUGUCUCAUGUCUCCGUGAAAACAAUGAGGGAUACUCUGGAGGUGUCCAAAGCCCCCGUUAUCUUCAGCCAUUCCUCUGCCUACAGCCUCUGUAAUCACGCCCGCAACGUGCCAGACGACCUUCUGAAGCUGGUGAAGGAGAAGAGAGGGCUGGUGAUGGUGAACUUCUACAACGACUACGUUACGUGCAGUAAAACGGCGAAUCUAUCCAACGUGGCAGAUCACUUUGAUUACAUCAAGAAAGUUGCUGGAUACGAGUCGGUCGGAUUUGGGGGUGACUACGAUGGCGUUCCCAGGGUUCCGGAAGGCUUGGAAGAUGUUUCCAAAUACCCGGACCUAGUGGCUGAACUCCUGAGAAGAAACUGGACGCACGCGGAGCUCAAUGCCAGUCUGGCCUACAAUUUAUUGCGUGUUUUCCGGGAGGUGGAGCAGGUGAAAACUAACAUGAUGACAUCUGAUCCUAAAGAGGUGCCCAUUGAAUAUGAAAAGAUAAAGAGCGACUGUCACACCAGCUACGGCUAUGAUGUAAGCGACGUAAAAGAUGCAGCCGAGCGUCAGCUCUUGGGAAAAGGACUUAUCCUCCUGUGCCUCCUCUACAGCCUGUUGGUCUGAGAGUUGGACAAAGAUGAACCCCCUUCAGCGCAUUUGACCUGCUGAUUAAAGGACUGACUCCAAA